AUACUCUUUGAUUUUGGUGAUUUUGAUACACACGUCGAACGUCAGAUAGAUACAUUGAAAAUAUUGAGAAUUUAAUUUAAAUUUUUAAGAGAAUUGGUUUUGUUAUUAACGUGUUAACAAAAGAAAGUAAUCAUGCAAGGCCCUGCAGUAUUUAUGGAUAUAUCGCUUGAAGAUCAAGCCCAGGAGCUUAGAAAAUACUUCAAAAGUCUAGGUGCUGAGAUAUCAGAAGAAAAGUCUCCAAAGGGAAUUGAAGAUGAUUUGCAUAAGAUUGUAGGUGUAUGUGAUGUAUGCUUCAAAGAGAAUAACGAAGCAGAUAUUGAAGCUAUACUUAACAGUAUUGUUUCUAUCAUGGUUUCAAUUCCAUUGGAAAGAGGUGAAAACCUCUUUUUGGCAUUCAGUCAAAGACUUACUAAAGCUCCUGGACCUAAGCUUGGAAUGGUUGCUCUUCAAUCAUUGUGGCGUCUCUAUAACAAUUUAGAGACAAAUUCUCCGCUCCGGUACCAUGUUUACUAUCAUGUGAUAGAGUUGGCUGCUCGCGUGGGCUCGGUCGGCGAGGUGUUCAAGGGAGUGGAUCAGUUAACAAGAGAGUUUGCCAGCUGUCCGCCUUCUAAUGAGCAAAUGCAAAAACUGUACCGACUUCUACACCAAGUAUUGAAAGAUCAAAACAGUGAAUUAGCAGCCAAGGUAAUGAUUGAGCUACUGGGUACAUACACAGAUGAGAACGCGUCGUACGCAAGAGAAGACGCCAUCAAAUGCAUAGUGACAGCUCUGGCAGAUCCUAACACAUAUCUUCUAGACCCCCUGCUGGCCUUGAAACCUGUCCGCUUUCUGGAAGGAGAGCUCAUUCAUGACUUACUUAAUAUUUUUGUCUCUGAAAAGUUAUCCAGCUAUCAAACAUUCUACCAAAAUCAUAAGGAGUUUGUACAUUCUCAAGGUUUGAACCAUGAACUGAAUAUUAAGAAAAUGAGAAUAUUGACAUUUAUGCAAAUGGCGGAAGCCAAUCCAGAAAUCACGUUUGACGAGAUUGUCUCAGAACUUCAAAUUGAAGAGAAAAAUGUUGAAGCAUUCAUCAUUGAAGUGCUGAAGACGAAGCUGGUGCGCGCACGCAUGGACCAGGCGGCGCGCUCCGUGCACGUUUCCACCACCAUGCACCGCACGUUCGGGCGCGCGCAGUGGGCCUCGCUGCGCACCGUGCUGCUGGCGUGGCGCGCCAACGUGCACCACGCGCACGAAGCCAUGCAAGCCGUGGCCGCCGCGCAGCACGACUACGCUGCGCAGGCGCUCAAACCCUGAACACGUCCAUUGCUCGCACUACAUUCGAUCAUAUCGCAAUCUACAUCAAAACUGUGUCAACUCAAAAACCUUGCCUUUUAAUAUAACCCCAGUUUCUGAUUCCUGACUCGAUUAUCUGUACAGGGAAAUUAUAGUAACUAGGUAAGCUUUAUGUACCUAAUUUGAAGCACAAUGACUCCUUCAAAAUCUUUCGUUAUAAAAUUUUAAUAUUGUACCCCUAGAUCAAAACUGUUUCAACUCAAAAUAAUCUACAGAAAAAAUUACAAUUAUUAUAAAAAAAUAUUAGAAGGAAUUACUGUACUUUGAAUAUUUCAUAAAGCAUUGUUACUAUAGUUUUCCCAUACAGAAAAAAAUUGAGUCAGAAACAGGUUAUAUCAAAAUGUAAGGUUCUUGACUUGAGACAGUUGUGAUAAAGUGCUGCAACUAUGGUAAAAUGACAUGUCGCAUCGCAAAAGAAAUGUCCCGCUGGUCGAUUACAAAAAAACUACAUCAAUCAUUGCUGCAAUCGCAAUAGUGGUUCGCUGAAUUUAUAGUAUUUUUGCUGCAACCGAAUGCAGAAUAUAAUAAUGAUAUCGCUUUUGUGAUGCGACAUGUCAUUUUACCGUAAUCGUACCAGCUGUAAUCAGUUAUUAUACUUAUUAAUAUCUCAAUUUUGAUUUGAUUGUGGAUUAGUACAUUUUUCGGAAAAUACAUCCAUAUAAGUGUAGAGGAUCUGCCUUUUAUGUAAAUACUUUAAUCGUGCCUAAACAAAAACAAACGUAGCGAUAACUUCGCGUAUCGGUAAAUAAAAAUAAUAUUCUGACAACAAUAUGAAAUUUCACGAUUUAGGAAAUCAAAAUUGCGGAGCGCAAGGCGUGUUUAAGUUUCGUGAUGAUUCCCUUUUAUUCACCGUAAAUGUAUAAUAGGCCAAAUCCUCUACACUUACAUCUCCACCGGGACGUAAAAUAGAGAGGUAGGUACGUGACCUGCAAACGACUUGAACAUAUACGCAGUUGAUUUUUAGCGUCUGCUGCCUCUCUAUGCUGCGGACGCACCGAAAGGAGUGCAAGGACAACAGGGAAUAGAGCAGGUCCUCUAAGGUUAGAGGAUACAUAUUUGUUGAGGUUUCUUGUUGGUCAAAAUUUAAUUACGGCAAAUGCUCAAUUUUUUGUUAAAAAUGAAUACUCAGGUUAAUGCUGCUGUAUUCUACGUUGUACUGAGCGACGCUACUUUUACCUCUCUAUUUUGUGACCGGACCAAGGACUAUCCAUAUCCAAUAUUCCGUAAAAUUCCGGCCGGUAUAUCGGCGAUAGUAGUACAUAGGCAGAAGUCACGUGGUAUCAUACAACAUGUACCGAAGAUUGCACAUCUCUAUGGGAGAGCCUUUAUAUUCCUUGUAAUAUUGUAUAUUUCGUCUAUUUGUGGUAUUACCACGUAUUACCGUACUUUUUUACAAAAUAUAAGUUAUAAAAAUA